AUGAACAAAUUACCUUAUCAACCCUUGGGUUUUGUAUUGAAAUUUGAUCCACCCAUUAUUGGAUUGUUAUACCAUCCUAUUGAGAAUAAGAAGGUGAAUAAGAAAAAGAAGAAGUGCUAUGCUAUUCAUUUGAAUAACUUGAUCUUUUUAGUUGAACCUGAAGAUAUUGUAGAGGCAUUGUUUAAUGAGCAUCAAGAAUUUUUGGAUCCUGAUGUUGUCAAACCAUAACAAGUGUAUAAAUUGGUGCUGCGAUUGGUUGCUUACAGAGAUCAUUAGUUAAGAAAUAUGCAAGAAAUGGGCGAAGAUAUGGCUGACGGCUAUUAUGAAGAGGAAGAGGAAGAGCCAGUACAAUAGCCUAAAGGUAAAGGAGGGAAAGCAUAAGCGCAACAGCGAAGAACUAAUGAUAAUAAUAGGUCAUUUUGA